AUGUCACAUCUUCCUGAAAGCCUCGAUGAAGAAAUAAGAGAACUUUUAGAAAAUUAUAAAGAUAAAAAGGCUACGAUAUACGAACCAUGUACUCAAAAGAAUUACAAAGAAUGUUUGAUUGGGCUUUCCGAGGGCUGUUUAGGCAAAUUAAAGGAUAAAUUGAGCACAGAAAAAAAUGAAUCAAGAGCUUGCGUUGCUUCUGCUCAACGAGUUUCUGAUCAUUCUAAUGAUUUGUAUCAAAAGCUUAUAGAAACUCGAGCCAAGCUACUUCAAACUGUUAAACAAAAGGAAGCUAAUGAAAAGUCCCUCCAGAAUAAAAUAGCCAAACUGACAAUGGAAAAUGAAAAAUUAACAGAUAGACUACGAGGAAAAUCUAACACGUUUAUAUCGCAUGCUGACUCUUGUGAUGCAACUCUAACUCAAUUGAAGGAAAGAAAUAGGAAACAAAGGUCCAUAAUAGCACAACUUCAAGCCAACAAUCAAGAACUGCUAAAUGAAGUGCUCUCAAUGAAGGAAGAACUUAUUUUAGCUGGUUUAAAUGAUAUAGGCCUUAAGUAA